AUGGCGCCUCAGCAGAACACCUUUGCCGUCAUCCCAGCCGCCCCCGGCCGCGUUGGCGGCGCCCCCAGCAAACCGCCGAUGACCUCAAAACAGGCACAGAAGCUCUACAAGCAAGCGAAUAAGGAGCCCCGACGUUCCAGAGCCGAACAACGGAAAUGGGAGAAGGAGAGACAAGAGGAGAUUCGCAAAGAGCUGGAAAAGGAGCGCGCCGCAGUCAAGGCCAGGGCAGCGCGAGAGCGAAAGAAGGCUAAGGAGGAGGAAGCACGCGAGAACCGACGGAGAGCUGGACAGCCAAUAUUUGAUUGUCGACCGAGUCAAGACACGAUUGCCCGAUUUGUGCGAGGAAACGGCACAAGCCUCAAGAGAGACUCGUCAGGGGAGCCGGUACUGAAGAACCAAAGCAUCCCCGCAACCUCGCCGGAUACCAAAUCAACGUCCUCGCCGUCGCCGAUGGCUGCGAGAACCCCUCCUUCUGUUUUGCCUCCCAAUGCUAUGUCUCUUGAAGGACGCAAGGCUCCAGCCAUAUCCACCACGCGCUCACCUGGCCCAUCUCAGGGGUCCAAGACAUCCGCUUUGCCUCCCCAAGUCCCGUCCCAUUUGUCAAAGCAGCCUUCGUUUGAAGGCAUGCCUCCACCGCCCAAGCUACCAUCCCGAGAUGGUCCUGUCGGACUUUCACCGGACUUAGCACCAAGUUUGUUUCCUUCGAAGCCUAUGCCGGAUGAGACUUCUGCGGUUUCCACUCCCAUGGGGCCUCCUCCCCGGCCACUGCCAAAGUCGAAACCAAAAUCGAAGCCGUUCAUGUUGCCUCGAGGGCCCGUACCAGUUCAUCAGCCGCCUCGGCACAAGAUUUUCAAGCACAGUCCACGCUCAGAAUUUCUCUGUCCGUCAUCGGAGAUGCCACCGCCGCAGAAGUCACCGUCGUUCAGGGCACGGCCACAGAGGCCUUCACUGCAAAUGCCUAUACCUCAAGUUCCAUUACAGGCACCGCCACCAAAGCCUCUGACAGAGAAACCUCCGCCGGGGGAAUCUGUUCCGCAGAUGAAAACCCCUCAAAUGCUGUCGGUGCAGAUACUACCAUCACCCCCAAGACAAGAGCCACAAGUCCCUCCGCCAAGCACGCAAGCCAUUGUACAAGAUUGCUUCGACGACUUCUUCCCAACAGCUUCACAGCUUGCCAUAGAACUCAAGGAAGAUUCCAACUCGGACGCUCAACCUGAGAAGCUGUCAAACCAAGUGCAAGAUGGAUUGGCGGUCCAAGCCCAAGCCAACAAACAUCAAAGCGGAGUUAAGAAUGUUAGAGAACAAGUAAAAGAAAAGGCAAACACAGCUUUCACAAAGACGUAUACCAGUGCUGGAUAUGGCGUGUUUGCUUCUAAUCUUGAACCAUUGGAUUCUCAUACCAGACGCCAACCCUCUCCUGCACUGGUGAAAGUUCCAGCCAAAGGCCCAGGAUCAACAAAGGUGUAUCAGGAGCUCCAGGAUUCUGAUCACAAGGAACAGAAGAAGGAACUACAGCUGCAAGGAGUGGGCACAUCUUCUAUCAGCAAUCAAUCAACUACUGCAACCAGAGCAGUUUCAUCACUGAAGACGCUUCACAUCCCACAGUUUCCUGGUCGUCAAGAUCGGCACUCAAAGCGUAGCAUCUUGCAUGAAAUCAGCAGCAACCGCAGCUCUAUACCAAAACCUGCGGCCACGCCUGCGAAACCCAAGCCACCAUCUUGCUUUGAUAACGUCUUUCCCUUGAUCUGCACCCAGGAUCUGGUCAUGUCGUCUCAGGAAGUACUAGAUAUAGAAUCCCCAGCCAAAACCAUGACGCAGUCGUCCUCUGGAGGAUCGGCAUCAAAACCAUCGCCUCUCACCGAGAUGGACCUGGCAGCUAUUGACUGGGAUGACGACUUGGAUGACUUUUGA